CAUUAUUCUCAUUGCAAGCUGUGGGACGUCGGCUGAGAGAAGAGAAACUUUCAGGCCUGCUGAACCAGUGAGCUUCAGCUCACGUUGAAAGAUGGACCGGCGACAUGAGCUGCCCGCUGCCUGGCCUGCCGGUGCUCCUCCUGACUACAAUGUCGGAGUCUAUAAUACUGUGGUACCACCUGUCUCAGCAGUAGCUUCAGGCGGGUAUGAGCGCCAUCUUCCAAACCCUCCACAAGCCAGCCCUCCACAGCAGCAGCCGCUGCCACAGCCUCCAAUGCAGCUUCCGGUGCAGCUGCCGCCGCAGGUCAGCAAACUUCCAACCAAGAAUCCUGGAUACAUCUGGUGCUCUCAUUGCAACAAGACCGUCAUCUCCGAUGUCAAGUACAAGCGAGGCUCAUUCAGCUGGAUCGUCUGUGGCCUGAUGGCGCUUUUUCUGCUAUGGCCCUGCUUCCUGUUCGCUCUUUGUUUAAAAACCUGCAAGGACGUGGAGCACACCUGCCCUUCCUGCCAGAGGGUCCUUCAUUUGUACAAGCGUCCCUGAAGCCACUGCAGCGGCAGGCAGGAGGACUGCCCUGAUGAGGCGCGCAAGGGUGGUAGCAAUAUUUGUAAAUAGAUCCUGCAUGUGCCUAUCAAGAACGUUCAUGUUCCAGAUAACUUUCAUAACCCAAUGAAAGACAUAUACGUGGUUUACCCUCCAUCUGUUCAAGUUGUGUCCAGCCUCAAGAGCCAUUACUGGAGGUUGUGAAUGUUUUCAGAUGAUGGUGACGUCCUGUGCUGCUUAUCUGUUUAGCAUCAGCUCUCACAGAGACUCGAGUUGUCUCCGAGUCACUCUAUCAGCAAUCGCAGGUCUAUAACUAUGAUUUUUUUUGGGGGGAGGAAAUUUGUUUAAAUGGGUGUCUUAGCGGAGGUCUGCACUCUCUGAUAUAAAUAGAUUUUUUUCUUAAUGUACAGAUGAAUGCAACAUGCAUCUGACAGAAUAGAACAAUCCAUAUAUAAGACACAAAUAUAAUGCACUUAUUAUCAUAUCAUGUUCUGCCUUAUUUUGGAUUUAUUGAGUUGCACUUCCUGUUAGCUCCCCACUCUGUCACCAAGGUGUUGCUGCUCACCCGAUUCUUGACACACAUUAUUGAAUACUGUGUUCAGUAUAAGUUUAAUGUUUUUUUAUG